UUUGGUUGGGCGAGAGGCUGGCGUAGGGCGGGGCCAGGCGUUGCCUGGGUGACGCGGAGGGGACCUGCCGAGCGGCGGCGUUCGGAAUUCUCAGGAAUUAAUGACCUGGGAUCUCUCUUUCUGUGCUGGUGUGCUGUUCCUUAAGGUACUUGUGAAAGAACGGCACUCAUGGAACCCUUCACGCUUUUUCGCAAGGGUCAGAGACUGCAACUACUGAAGUUUACAUGGAAGGAACCUUCCAAAGGUGAAAAUGAAAAAUCCAAGCAAGAGCCCCUAGCAGACAUGGAGAAUUUCUAUCACCCAUUAGCAGAAGCAGAAAGGGGCUUGUCUGCCCAAGCAUCCAGAGGAACUGUGCGGGGUUUUGCCAGCAAUGACCUAAAAAAGGAUGUUGUUGUCAGGGGUACGGAUGAAAUACUGACCGAAGCAUUCCACCCAACUCUGCCAGGACAAGUUACGGCUUUUGCCGCUAAACAACUUAUUGACAUAUUUCUUCUGGAGCGCUUGAUAGGGAAGAUGAGCUUGCCGAGUUUUUUUGAGAAGGAGCACUCAAGCACGGUUUUAGAUAGUUUGAUGUUCGAUAUUCUUCUUCAGCAGUUCUUCAGCAUUCGGCAGUGUCAGCGAGCGACCUUCGAAAACAUUCCCCUGAGAGAUUUCCAUCUGAAAGCUUUUACCAAGGUGGCUUUAGAUGUUAUCUUGACCGAGCUAAAUAAGAUGGCGGUGGAGGACAUGGAAGAUCUACUGGAAUAUGAAAGAGGAGUUCAGGAACAAGAACCAGAAGCAUUGCCAGAAGCUUCAGAAAGCUGAAUGAAAGGAAGAGGACCACUUAAUAUUUAAGAGU